UCUACAGACUACAAUAGUUUUAAUAGUUUUUACGUUUAUAUUGUAAUAUUGCGUGUUUGAAAUCAGUGAACAUAAUAUCUACGUAUAAUCGAUUAUAAUACUGUCUACUGUGGAUGGUCUAUAGAUGAUCAUCGAACACCAUCGUUGUAUUUUCUAUUCCAAAGUUGGCCAUUUUGUUCUGAGCAACUCACUCGCCUGGUUGUCCAGUGGACCGACUUCGCGGCUUAAUAUUCGAUACGAAUUCAUUAUCAAUGGCUUCCAAUUCCCGGAUGAAUAUACCCGCUGUCCUUGAAAGUGAUGAUGUAGUAUCUAGUACUAUACCAGAUGAAGAUAUAUACCCAGUUGAAAAAAUUGUAAAUCAUCGUCGGAUGGAUGGCAAACUUGAGUUCUUAAUAAAAUGGGAAGGUUUCCCUGACGAAUACAACACAUGGGAACUCGAGAGUAAACUUUUCUGCCAUGAUUUGAUCUCAAAAUAUAAAAAAAAAAAUAAAACCGAAAUAGAAAAGGUAUAAAUAAAUUACCUUAAUUAA